AUGCCGCGAAGCACGAAGAGACACAGUGUCAGCACCAUCUUGUGCCGGGGAGGUGGUGGUGUGGGGUACCCUGUGCUGGGACACUUCAGCAGCAGAAACGUUGGUGGCAACGCAGGCUGGAAGCCCAAACCAGUGAUCAGAGGCUGUCACCUCCUGCGAUAUGGCCACAGCCCCUCAAGCAUAGGGUUGGGCUACGGAGGUGCUGGCUUUGGCUGCAGGAUCGGUGGAGCCUCGGAGGUCUGCACACCCAUCGCCAAGGUCGCAGUCAAUGAGCGUCUGCUCCGGCUGCUCAAGCUGGAGAUGGACCCAAACCUUCAGUCUGUGAAGUACCAGGAAAAGGAGCAGAGCAAGACCCUCAACAACAAAUUUGCAUUUUUUAUUGACAAGGUGAGGUUCUUGGAGGGACAGAACGAGGUGCUGGAGACCAAAUGGAGAUUUCUAUAGGAACAAAAGUGUUACAGAAGCAACAUCAAGCCAAUGUCUGCAACUUAUAUUGGCAACUUGAAGAGGCAGCUGCAUGUUCUGGAAAGCAACAGAGCCAAGCUGGAAACAGAACGGAGCAUCAUGCAGAGUAUCAUGGAAGAUUACAAGAAAAAGUAUGAAGAGGAAACCAAUUGGCAAACAUGUGCAGAGAAUGAAUUUGUUACGCUGAAAAAGCUAAGAAGGGACCUAAAGUCCAACUUUUGGGAAGAUUUAAUUAAAAGAGUUGAAUCCCACCUUAAGCGAGUCAAGGAUAAGAGAGUGAAACAAUUUAAUAGCAUGUCCAUUUUGGACACCUCUGUUAUUGUGCAAAUGGACAACAGCUGAAGCCUGAAUAUGGAUGACAUCAUCACUGAUGUCAAAGCUCAAUAAGAUGACAUUGCCAAAAGAAGCCGGGCUGAUACAGAGUCCUGGUACUACAGCAAGGAACUGAGAGAAACCACGGGCAAACACGACGACAGCUUGCGUAACACAAAGAAUGAAAUUGUGGAGUUGAAUCGAGUGACUCAGAGACUGACUGGAGAACGUGAAAACACCAAAGCCCAGAGAUGCAAACUGGAAGGAGCCAUUGCUGAAGCUGAGGAGCACCGGGAAGUGGUUGUCGAGGAUGCAAAGUGCAACCUCUCCGAGCUAGAGGUAUCCCUGCAGAAAGCAAAGCGGGACAUGGCCCGUGAGUACCAGGAGCUCAUGAACGUCAAGCUGGCCCUGGACAUUGAGAUCGUGACCUACAGGAAGCUGCUGGAGGGGGAAGAGAGCAGUAAAUCCCACUGA